AUUCCCCACUCCCCCACCUCUCCAGCUCCGUCGCUAGGGCUCCAUUUCCCCUGCACCUCCGCCGCCGCCGCCGCUUCAACAUCAGAAGCACCGGAUUCGGUGGUGUUUCUCGGCUGCCUCAGCUUCCGCCGCCGGGAGGCCCCUGGCGGCGUUCGCCGCCGCCCUCCGGCCUUUGCUGAGUCCUCUAGACUUGACAAGGCUGCUGCUGAGUAUAUGGUAUCUGCGGGCCAUUGUGCUGUCCAUGCGAGCGGAGAGCAUGCGUGGCAGCUGUGCUUCGGGUGAUGCCCCUGACCAGAGUAGCUGCCGAUGCAUUCGGUGUGUUGACGAUCGGACUGUUGGCGCUGCUUGCCGCUCUGGGCCUCUUCUGCAUCUUCCAAUCGGUCUACUUCAGGUGUCAGAUCCGGAGAGGACCCUCCUUCCUCCCGCUCGGCUACUUUAACGGCCCAUGGGUGACCCGCGUCGCUCUGGUUCUGAUCACCAUCUGGUGGGGAGUAGGCGAGGUAGCGAGACUGAGCUUCUUGAAGCAAAAGCUGUUCUCCAGCUUGACAUGGCAGAGGAACAUAUGCGAUGCGUACAUACUUUCCAACCUAGGGUUCGCGGAGCCGGGGAUCUUCUUCGCAUUCGCUUUCCUGCUCCAUGGCUCGUUGCAGAAGAAGGAGCUGGGCACUUUAAACCAGAGAUGGAACUGGAAGAGCAUGGCCUACACGCUGGUUUUCUGCGUUCCAGUGUUCUCCGUGCAGGCAGUCCUGGUGUUCGUCGUCGGGCCCAGGCUUGUUAGAGACUCGAACCAUGAUCUCGGGAGGAGGAAGAUCGCGAAAUACUUCGUACGGACGCACACGCCGGUUGGAGACACCAGCGUCUGCACCUACCCGUUGUUGGGCACCAUCUUUCUCGGGCUCGUGGAUGCCUUCCUGAUGAGCUACGUGUCGUACGUCGGAUCACGGGCGCUGUCCUUGGUCAUCAACAAGUCGCUGCGAAGGAGGGUGUACCUGCUGAUGCUGUCGGUGCUCUGCUUCCUCCCGACCAGGGUGCUUCUCCUCGGCUUCUCGGUGCUGCCCAGGCCAGGAGACGCUGCCUUCGAGGGCAUCGUGUUCCUGUCGUUCUUGACGAUGCUGUCCUGCACGGCCGUCGGGAUACUCUUGCUGGUCUACUACCCUGUGGCCGAUUCGCUGGCCCUCAGAGACAUGGGCCAGAGGGACACGGCGGCAGAGAUGGUGCCAUACGAUGACUACUACUGCUACGAAGGCGCGUCGCUCGUGGCCAACCGGAGUUUCCGAGAACUCGAGCGCAACUCCGACACCUCGACGAAGCCGGGAUCCAUAUCGUUCCGCACUAUGAUCAGGGAAGACCAGCUUCAGCAGGACGGCGCCGCCGACGAGAUCGGCUUCUCUUCUCGCAGCGGUGCCCAUAUCGGAUCACCAUCACCCGCAGGCUCUUCGCCGAGCGCGGCAAUGCCGAUGCUCCCUGUCAAGGAGAUCCCUAGAUACUAAGGAGUAUUCAGCUGUGCUGUGCGUUUUGCCCCUCUGUGCUAUGUCCUCUCCUUCACCCUCUUUUUUUCCCCCUUCUCUUCCUCUUACUACCUUGAUGAUAACAGUUUUGUGGCAAUCAAAAGGUUUUUUUUUGUAAAGUUUUCGAAGUAGCUUAACUCA